AUGUCCAAUGAUGGUGAAACUAAUGUUGUGAAAGAGCAAUCGGGUUCUUGUGAAGGACCUAAGAACAGAUGGAUUUUCUUUGGGAAGUCACAGACCCAAAGCGAGGUACCAACUCAUGAGGAUGACUUCGAUAUAGACAAUCGUGGUGCUGCCAUUGGAUUUUCAUUCAAAAGUCCAAUCACAUUGCCAAAGCAUCACCUUCUAAGGGACGAAGUUAAUAGCACAGAAAGUUCACAAGAAGUGUCAAAUGUUGAAUCUCCUCUUUGGCAGUAUGUGACUAAAGUAGAAAAACUAGUUGAUGCAUCUGUUAAAUCUGGUGGAAACACAUAUUUUAAGUGCAACUAUUGUGAUAUAGUUUUUAUGGGAUCCUAUUCUAGGGUUAAAGCUCAUUUAUUACAAAUUUCUGGCAAAGGUAUUAGAUCAUGCGUUAAGGUGUCAAAGAGCCAUAGGUUGGAAAUGCAGCGAAUGCAUGAUCAAGUUGAGAAUAAUAAGUUAGAGGUAGAACAUAGAAGUCAAAUUCCCUUACCCCCACCUCCCCCAGGCCGUGGGAUACCUAUUUCCCCAUUUUGGAGACAGGAAGGGAGUGAUAGUAGUCAUAGUACAAAUUCGGUUGAUGCUAAGAGAAGGAAGGUGACUAUGAAUACUACUUUGGAGAAAGCAUUCCAGAAUAAUGCUAGACAUGAUUUGGAUAGCAGAAUUGCUAGGAUGUUUUACACCGGUGGGCUUCCGUUUAACUUUGCAAGGAACCCACAUUAUCGUAGUUCCUAUGCAUUUGCUGCUACUCAUAGCAUUCCGAGUUAUCUUCCUCCUAGAUACAAUGCUUUGAGAAAAACACUUUUGCAAAAGGAAAGAGCUCAUGUUGAAAGACUUUUGAAACCAAUUAAGGACUCCUGGCUUGAAAAUGUUGUAAGUAUAGUUUCUGAUGGAUGGUCAGAUCCACAAAGGAGGCCUCUUAUUAAUAUUAUGGUUGUAUCAGAUGGGGGUCCAGUGUUUAUAAAGGCAAUUGAUGGGUCAGGUGAGUUCAAAGACAAGCAUUACAUUGUUGGGGUGUUGAAGGAUGCUAUAAAAGAGAUUGGACAUGAAAAAAUUGUCCAAGUCAUCACUGAUAAUGCUAAUGUGAUGAAGUCUGCUGGAGCUCUUAUUGAGGCUGAGUAUCCGAAAAUAUUUUGGACACCGUGUGUUGUCCACACUCUCAAUCUAGCUUUGAAGAAUAUUUAUGCAACAAAAAACACUGAAAAGAAUGAAGUUACAUAUGAGAAAUGUAGUUGGAUUACACGUGUUGCUGAUUAUGCAUCCUUCAUACGUGUUUUUAUCAUAAACCAUUCAAUGAGGUUGGCAAUGUUUAAUGAAUUUUGUCCAUUAAAAUUGCUCCAAGUUAUUGAUACUAGAUUUGAUUCAGUGGUUGUAACGUUGAAGAGGUUGAAGUUGAUAAAAAGAUGCCUUCAAGCCAUGGCUAUUAGUAACCAAUGGGCUUCUUAUAGGGAGGAUGAUGUUGGAAAAGCUCAAAAGGUGAAAGGUAUGAUUCUAAGUGAUCUUUGGUGGGAUAAUAUUGAUUAUAUCCUUGAAUUCACAGCACCCAUUUAUGAUAUGCUACGAAUUGCCGACACAGAUAAGCCUUGUCUUCAUCUUAUGUAUGAGAUGUGA